CUCACCGCUUGAUGACCGUGAUAGAGAGAAACACAAUAAGAAGAGUCAAAGGAAGGAGAAACGAGAGCACAGGCAGAGCAGGAGUUCAUCUCGUUCUAGCACACGCUCCAGUGCGGAGAGACGGCGUGUGAAAGACAGAGACAGCAGGGACAGAGACAGGGGGAGACAGAGGAGUGCUGAGCACAGGAGCAAGAGCUCCAGCCGAGAGAGACGGCGGGAGCGUGAUGAAGACAGAAGGAGGAGCAAAGGAGGAGCAGAGGGAGGGAAAGGAAGAGCGAGGACAGGGACCGGAACAGGAAGAGGAACGAUCGCGAUGACACCAAGGACAGAUGACAGAGGAGGAGGUCAUCCUCAGGCUUGUCAGUGUCCUCCGCAUCUUCUGCUUCUGAGCAGGGUGACAAUAAAGAAGGACAAGUUGCUUUGUCAGCCAAAGAAGAGCGGAAGAAGCAGAAGGAGAUGAUGAAGGCUUUGGAGACUCCAGAAGAGAAGAAAGCUUGUCGACUAGCUAAGAAAGAAGCCAAGGAGUGGAAGAAGCGUGAGAAAAUGGGCUGGAGUAAAGAGUACAUGGGAUACACUAAUGCAGACAACCAGUUUGGAGACAACAACCUGCUGGGCACCUUCAAAUGGCAGAAGGCUCUUGAGUUGAAGGGAAUUGGGCACUUGGGUGAAAAAGAGCUGAAGGAGAGGAACAAGCUUAUCCAGGAGGAGAAUCGCAGGGAGCUGCAGAAGGUGAAGCAGUUACGUCUGGAGCGAGAACGGGAGAAGUCCAUGCGGGAGCAGGAGUUGGAGAUGCUGCAGAGAGAGAAGGAAGCAGAGCAUUUUAAAACCUGGGCAGAGCAAGAGGACAACUUUCAUCUGCAUCAGGACAAGCUCAGGUCUAAGAUCCGUAUCCGAGAUGGCCGAGCCAAGCCCAUUGACCUGCUGGCCAAAUACAUCAGCGCUGAAGAUGAUGACCUUUCUGUGGAAAUGCAUGAACCGUACACCUUCCUGAAUGGACUCACGGUCACGGACAUGGACGACCUGCUGGAGGACAUCAAGUGUCAGUUCAAAUAGGCGAGUCAAAUAUGGAGUCUACUUAUAAAAUCCAUGGGAGGCCUGUAGGCCUAAGAGAUGAAGCAGUCCAGCCAGCGGUGGGGUGAGUAGGACGCAUUUUUUUUGUUUCCUGCCAGGAGCGUGGACAAAGCUCAGCGGCAUACAGCGACUACGAGUCAGCGGUGCUCACCUUUGUGCUGCACGCUUUCUUCUACUCGUCUCUCCUCUACUCCUCUACUAUAUCUACUCGUCCAGGGUUACUAGUUUAACAUCUUCUACCCGGACCUGAUCGACAAACGUUCCAUGCCUCAGUACUUCCUUGAGCCGAGCCCGGAUAACAAAGACAUUGGCAUCCUUCGAGGACAUCGUGUUUAAGAUGGUCAACCAUGAAUGGGAGUGCUUGCAUCGACAAGACUUCUGCUGCCAGUUUGCCAAUGGCAUCUUCAGCUGUGGUUUUGUUUCAAGUGCUAUCGCUAAAGGAGAUGAGAAGACAGUUUAUCUAUAUAAACAGUUAUCUUGUCUUCAAGUUUAAACUUCUACGUGAAUAAUCUUUACACCAGGCCUCAUGGGAACAAAAGUAAGUUGAAAGAUAUGUGGAUGAGGUUACCCUGUAAUUAAAAUGAUUAGUAAAGCAAAUUCUGGAUAUUUUUGUAUAACU